UGAUCAGGAAGCUUCAAAAAAAUGUCAGUGCUGGAGAGAUCGAAGCCGUUCUUGGCAGUCAUAUUCAUACAGUUUUGUUACGCGUUGAUGUCUAUCGUCGCGAAAUUCGCGUUAAACGACGGCAUGAGUCCGCAUGUUCUAGUGGCUUACCGUAUGGCCCUUGCCUCUGCUCUCAUUUCGCCUUUCGCCAUUUUUCUUGAAAGGAACAAAAGACCGAAGAUGACAUUCAAGCUUUUGAUUCAAGUAUCCAUGCUGAGUUUGUUCGAGCCGGUGGUGGAGCAGAACCUCUUCUACACAGGGAUGAAGCUUACUACAGCAACAUUCACAUCAGCUAUGUGCAAUGUACUUCCUGCAUUGACAUUCAUCAUGGCCUGCAUUUUCAGGCUUGAAAAGGUAGAUAUCAGUAAGCAUCGCAGCCAGGCAAAGCUGGUCGGGACCAUAAUAGCUGUCGGUGGAGCCAUGCUAAUGACAUUCGUGAAAGGGAAUGUCGUUGAAUUGCCUUGGACUAAUAAGUCAAGAGGCUUUGAUCCCCUCGGAAGAGGAGCAACAAUGCUCGUCGUUAGCUGCUUCAGUUGGUCAUGUUAUAUCAUUCUGCAGGCAAAGAUCCUGAAGUCAUAUCCAGCUGAGCUCUCCCUAACAGCUCUUAUGUGCUUCACUGGAAUGGUGGAGGCCACUAUAAUGGCCUUGGUAUGGGAGAGGAACAACACAUCAGUGUGGGAGAUUCACCCUGAUGUGAGACUGUUAGCUUUCGUAUACGGGGGAGUUGUCUCAGGGUUAGCGUACUAUGUCAUCGGCUGGGUGGCAAAGGAGAGAGGGCCUGUCUUUGUUAGCGCAUUUAAUCCGCUAAACAUGGUUAUCGUCGCUAUUCUGAGCUCCUUUGUGUUCUCAGAAGUAAUGUACCUAGGAAGGGUAAUUGGAGCAGUGGUGAUUGUUUUCGGCAUAUAUUUGGUCCUAUGGGGUAAGAUCAAGGACAACAAAGGACAACAUCCAUCAAAUAUUGGACUCCCAGAGACAGUAGUGGCAAAGUUUGAUGAACAAAUGGCUCCAAUACCUGAUUGCAAAAAAGUAGUACCCACUACUGACCAAUUUGUCAUCAUGAAGGCAGCAGCUCAGUCUCAAGAGUCAGUUUGAGAUGGAAAUUUCGUCAUUGCAGAAAGAGAACUAAAGUUCACCAGACUGAGAAAGCAUAGCAUUAAAGAGUUCUGAUAUACUGAAAGCUACUUGCCCGUUACGGAGUAUAAUAAUAGAUACUCACCCACCUCAAAAAGCUCGCGACACUGGUGACUCGUCUUCUCAAGAUGCUAAAGUGACACCAUCACCACCAUAGAUACGCUGAAGUUCACGGCUGGCAGCUUGAUACGACGCUGAAGAAAAGAUAAAGAAGAACGAUCUUUUCAGCCAGACAACAUAGAAACUGUUUUCUUCUUUUUGUAUCUCUGUUCUAUAUACCAUGCUCUAAACUGUCUGUGAUGAUAUAAUACCUUUCCAGGUGUUGAAAUUCUUAUGGUUGAUUUCGGAUCC